AUGACAUCUCCAAUUCCAAACCCAGACCCAAUACCGUUAUUUCGACCUUCCAAAAAGCGCAAGAUCUAUAGACAGCGAAAUCAAGAUGAUCAUGAUGAGAUAAAAUCCGAAAUCUCCACAAACACGCCCGCGCCAACGGCAGCAGCUAUACCCACAGAACAAAGUUUAGAUGAACUCAUUGCUUCGGGUUCCAUUCCUAUCAAAAAAGAGGGGGGAGAUGAAGAAGGUGGAAUGGAAGAUACGCCCCUAAAUAUAUCAGAAAUUCUACGUCUGCGAAAACAACGAAAGAAAAUUGGAGGGGUGGAGUUCAAAGCCGAAUCUAAAAUUCGAGAUGGGAAUGACGAUGAAGGAGAUGGAGAUGCGCUGGUGAAAUAUGAGGAUAAGGAUACAGAGGAAACACAACCUGAAGGUGGACUUUCAAUGCGACGAUUUGCGCCGCAGAUGGGAGUAGUGGGGAGUGGUGUUGAUAAACAUAUGAUGGCAUAUAUAGAAUCGAAACUCGGACAUACAUCUCAAUCCGCUGAUUCUCCAUUCACAAACCCUCAAGCAGUAACUCCAAAGAAUGAGACUUCUACAACUCAAUCUAAAGAAUCUCAAAGAGCACCUACUACAAUGGGUCAAAUUCUCGAAAUCGAUCUAGGAGAAGAAUCAAGAGCAAGAAAUGCAUAUCGAACAGAAAUAGCUCGCAGAAAAGCAGCAGGUGAAGUCAUCGAACUCGAAGAAUCUACACAAGCUCUCCCCAAGCCUCGUCUUGGCCGCGAUGGUAAACCCUGGCGUGGUCGCAAAAGAAGAGGAAGCGAUGAUAUUCAACGCGAUGCCCUCGUAGAUGCUAUUCUUCAUGAAAAUCGUCUCGAUAUCUACGAGCCCGUACCUUCGAGUAAGGAAAUGAAUCACACGGCAGGAUUGGCCAAUGAUGAAAUGGUCGCAGAAUCAUUCCGCAAGGAUUGGGAAGAAGCUAGUUCUCAUGCAUCUUUGCAGAGACAGCAACAGAUGUCUGAAAAAGCGGCGAAGGAUAAGAAGAAAGGGGCUCAGGAUAAGACGGAGGAGGAAUUGUAUAUGAAAGGACCGAAGUUAGGUGGAAGUAGGAGUGCUAGAGCUGCGAUGAGGGAAUCGAUGUUGAAAGGGAAGGCGGUAAAGAGGUAG